AUGGCAGACGCAGACGUCGUAGCACAGUUCAACAAAGACAUCAAGACUCUUCUCAAGCAGAUCGAUGCAUCCCCACUCACCGUAACCCCCUCGCAAAUCACCCAUGUCUUCCGCUCAAUCCUCUCCCCAUCCUCGCCCUCCACACCUGCGCAGACAUCCGCCUUGCUAGUUGCGAUGAGGUUGCGCGAAGUCGAUAGACGCGCGGAUGUCAUAGCCGGAAUGGUCGAGCUCAUGAAGGAAUUUGGGCAUAAGGUCGAGCAUCGGGAAGAGUGGGGUGACGGCUUCGUGGAUAUUGUGGGAACGGGGGGUGAUGGACAGAAUACAUUCAACGUUAGCACGACUGCGGCGAUUGUCGUUGGUGGGUGUGGAGUUAAGGUUUGCAAGCACGGAAACAAAGCGUCAACCUCAGCCUCCGGCUCAGCAGAUAUUCUGAUUUCGUUUGGCUGCGCACUAAACUCCCUAACCUACGACACCCUCCCCCGCAUCUUCCCCUCCACCUCCUUCGCAUUCCUGUACGCACCCCUCUACCACCCCUCCCUCGCCUCCGUCGCACCAAUCCGCUCCUCAAUUGGUAUCCCAACCAUCUUCAAUAUCCUCGGUCCACUCCUUAACCCCGUCAAAGUCAAGGCACGGAUAUUGGGUGUACACAGUGAAUGGCUUGGAUCCGUGUAUGCCGAGGCUCUGAGAUUAUUGGGAGCGGAGAGGGGGAUGGUUGUUUGGGGUGAGGAAGGAUUGGACGAACUCUCCAUCGCCGGUCCAUCUCGAGUCUGGAUUCUGGAUUCUACACGACCCGAAGGUUACCGCACCGAAACCCUCACCCCCGAAGACUUUGGCUUAACCCGCCACCCACUUUCCUCCGUCGCAUCCGGAACACCAACCGAGAACGCUGCUCUACUCAAAAAGAUCUUGGUGGGAGAGGUAGGGCGGGAGGAACCUGUUAUGCAGUUUAUUUUGUUGAAUGCGGCGGCGUUGUUGGUUGUUGCGGGGGUUGCUGGGGGUUGGAAGGAGGGGGUGGAGGUUGCUUGGCAAAGUGUUGUGAAUGGGGGUGCGAGGGAGGCAUUGGAAGGGUUUGCGAAGGUUAGUUCGGAGGUGUAG